AUGUUCUACUCCGAGACUCUUCUUUCCAAGACCGGGCCACUGGCUCGCGUCUGGCUGUCGGCAAACCUUGAGCGCAAGCUCUCCAAGACACACAUCUUACAGUCGGAUAUUGAGAGUAGUGUCAAUGCGAUUGUUGACCAAGGACAGGCCCCGAUGGCCUUGCGACUGAGUGGUCAGCUGUUGCUGGGUGUGGUUCGAAUUUACAGCCGAAAGGCGCGCUAUCUUUUGGAUGAUUGCAAUGAGGCGUUGAUGAAAAUUAAGAUGGCUUUUCGUCUGACCAACAACAAUGAUUUGACAACCACCGUUGUCGCCCCUGGUGGCAUCACUCUACCGGAUGUGCUUACUGAAUCUGAUCUAUUUAUGAACCUGGAUUCAUCCUUGCUUCUUCCCCAGACAUUCGCUUUGGAGGCUGAAGGGAAGCGACCGGGUCCCUCGAUGGAUUUUGGCAGUCAACUUCUACCUGACAGUAGCUUCCGACGCUCCGUUUCUCAAGAGCCUCCACGAUUGGAGGAUCACACAUUGGUGGAAUUGAAUUUUGGAGAUGACGAUGAUACUCAUAUGGGCCGUGACUUCAGCAUGGAAGUGGGCCGAGACGCCCCCGCUCCCCGACCGUUCGAAGACGACCUCCUCAGUGAUGCUGGCAAGUUCAACGAUGUUGACCUGCAGCUUGAUCUCGGCGAGGAUGAUGCGCCCUUGGACAAAAUGGAUUUGGGCGAGGAUGGUCCUCACGACAACUUCAACUUCGAUGAUACAAUGGAGAUUGGCGGCGAUGAGGAGCUUACACGGGAGGCCGAGGAACGACGACAGCAGCGUGACUCCGAAUCUGUCAUGACGGAGCUCUCGGAAGAGGAACUUACCCGGCUUGAAGCGGAAGGCAUGGAGGUCGGAACUGGAAGACGUGGUUUACUGGACGAGGAGGACUACGCCGAUGCGGACCAGGAGGAUGGCGAAGGAGAUGGGGACAUUACCGUUCAGCAGACACAGCGCGCUAAGAGACGUAAGGUGAUGCCCGUCAUCGGACUGGACAAGGACAUCGAUUUCAAACCCAGCCACAUCAAGGAACAGCAGGCAGACCGGUCUGGCAUUUUGAAGCCAGCGGCCUUUUUGCCUCGGGACCCCGUUCUCCUGACGCUGAUGAUUAUGCAGAAGAAUGGUGACUUUGUCUCGAAUGUUCUUGGUGAGGGACGCGGACGUGGCUGGGCUCCGGAGCUCCGUGACCUGCUGUCGUUCGACGCCAUCAAAAAGGCGGGCGAGUUGAAGAGAAAGCGUGACAGUGGAAUUGCUGAUAUGGAUGUGGCGGAGGCUACAGCUCCUGCUUUGGAGUUUGGUGAGGAGGAGGCCAUUGUCCCCGUGGACGAAGGAGUGGGUCUUGAUUCGACCCUUCACCAGCGGUCAGAGAUUGAGUUUCCUGGAGACGAGGAGGAGCAAGGGCUGCACCUGAGUGAUGAUGAGGUGAUGAACCAGCCUUUGGAAGAUAUGGAUGAUACGAUUGUGCAACCCCUAGAUAGUGGACCGGUCUCUGUUGGUACUAAACAUGCCGUCCACAUUCUGAGGGAUGCCCUGGGCGAGUCUGCCGCAGACCAGAAGAAGAGUGUCCGAUUCCAGGAUCUGUUACCCGAGAAGAGAACGAGCAAGGCCGAUGCCACCAAGAUGUUCUUUGAAGUUCUGGUGCUGGCCACGAAGGAUGCGGUCAAGGUCGAGCAGGCAACUAACACCGUCGGCGGUCCCAUCAAGAUCCGCGGGAAGCGUGCCCUUUGGGGUUCAUGGGCCGAAGAGGGAGCCAGUGGCGAGCCUGCUAGCCAGCUCGCUGAGGCGACAGCUUAA